UUAUUGUUUAUUAAGGUUUCCUAGAGUAGAGACACCGCUCCGCUUGAAUCUUACGCCAAGUUUGUGUCUAUUUAUAAGAUGUCCGUUUCUUCUCUUCGAAUUUCAUCUUCAAGAUAUAUAAUUUUAACAAGGAGGAAGAUCGAAGAAGAUGGAGCUUGACAUGAACGUACCCAUAAACAGAGGAUUCUCCGCCGGAGUGUACAUGUCUGCAACGAAAGAGCUAAUCGAGAAACUGCAGAACGCAAUAGACGAAGCGAAAAAAGAAUUGGAUAAAUAUUUUGAUGUUUCAGACCUAAUGAAGCAAAUGCCGCCGCCGCCGGUGAAACAUGGGGUCAAAGAAGCAAAUGACGACGUCGAUGGCGAAGAAGAAAUUACUCUAAGCGAAGAGCAGAUGGCCAUGUACGCGGAAGUUCAGCGAUUAAUUUUAGAUAUGGAUACGAAGCAUAGGCAACAGGUUACAAAAAACCACCAGAUGACAAAGAUCACUCACCACCUCUUGGAAUCGUUUGGCCGUGGCUAUGCCAAUGGCGAGCUUCUUUCUAUAACUAUCCGCUAUGUCGCCCGAGUCAACAAGGCUGUCGAAAUUUAUGCAGUUCAAACAGCACCAACACCACCGCCACCUUCAACCACCAACCAAACCAACCACUAAAUUAUUUAUUCGUAUUCUAGUAUUGUUUCCCAUGUUUCUUCAGAGUAGCUAGUGAAAUAUGUCUCAUUUAUUUCUUCA